GCUCAAACACCAGAUAAAUCAACGCUCCAAAAUCUCCAGACAUCAACUUUUGUGUCAGUUUGUUGUCAGUGUCGCUCCACCCUUACCCUCUUUUAUCCACACUCUCUCCUCACCCUCAGGUGCUAUUCACUGUUCCCACUCCUCUCACUACACUCCUUAGGGUUCUCAUUUCCUCCACUAUCGCUGUUGCAAUUCUUCGCUGCUUUUGGGGAAUGCUAGCGAUUCUGAGAGAUGGAGAGCGCGUGCCGGAGGAAAUGUGAUUCGCCGUUUCACCCGUCGACGUCUGCCACGGUUUCGUCUGCGCCGCCGCGGAAGGAGAUGAAUGCAAGCUAUUGUCUUUAUCCACAAGUUGCUCAUGGUUUAAGAUCAAAAUUUGUUGAAGGGAAGCAGGGCCCUGUAUACCCAAGCUUUCCUCACUCAACCACCCAUGGAUCAGGCGAAGAUGAUAGUGGAAAUUCAUUUCUGGCUCUCCUUUAUAGUCCUCCAUCCUUGUUACAAUAUGACUUCCAGGAUUUGUCUGAUCGCAAACUUUGCAUCUCAUCUGGUGAUUGUACUGCUGCUAUUGGGAAUUCUGUUGUUCCUUCUAUAGAAAGGGGAACCUUCCGAACGUCUGGUCUGGGGUUGAUAACAGAAAAUUUAAUUAACCAUAACCUGCAAAGUUGUGUGAACACUUAUUCUGGGCUUUCGUCCAGGGGAAUGGUUGGUCUGAAUAAUAGUAGUAAUUUUGUCUUCCAUGAUAUUCAGAGUAGCAAUACUGCUACUCAGCCCACAGUUCCUGGUGAUGAGAAAUCAAGGGAGUCUUUUUCUUCUCCAGGUCAAUGCCUAGGUACAACCCCUGCAUCUAGUCUAAAUGUUUGCUGCUCAGAUAUGCAAACUACACCAAACAUGGCUUUAGAACUUUCAUCUAAGUCGACUUCCUUUAUGAGUGGUUGUCCUCGUGUGUUCUGCAUGGGGAAAAGUGGCCAUCUUCUUCUUAGCAAUACAGGGCUUCUUGGUAUUGUUUGCUCAUGCCAUUGUUGUCACAUGUCUGUUCGUAAGUUUUGUGAGCAUUCAGGAUUACAUGGAGUUGACCCAGGGGAUGCUGUCUAUGUGGAAAGUGGGGAGACCAUUUCUCAAUGGAAGAAGCUAUACUUCUUGAGAUUUGGGAUUAGGUCUCUGGGAAAUGAGAAUGAGUGGGACUGGCCAGAAGUAUUAUCAACAACAGGCAGUCUGAUGAAAUCCAAUGCAUCUGCGUUUGAUAUGUCCAAGACUAAUUUGUCUCAUAUGUUGAGUUCAUCUGCAGUCAUGUUAAGGUCUGGAAAGUAUUCUGACUAUGUUAUGUUUCCAAAAAAUGUUCAUACGGACCACAAUUUAUUUAUUGGUGCAUUGUCCAGAAAACAAGCGACAACAAUCCAGGAUGAUUGCAACAUUCCACUCAAAGGUUUCACUGGUAUUUCACAAAACAGCUUGUAUGAUCAGUUGAAAAACCAGUUAAUGGAAUCUAAUUUGGCUAUGUGUACAACUGCACCAAACUUUGUUGGAACUCAACUGGAUAAUGAUUGUCAGCCUAUACCUACUUUCUUUGAUUCUCUAAAAAGGAAAGGAAUUUGGUCAACUGCCUACUCUUCAUUGGAAACUCCAACAAGCCUUUUGAAAGACCAUGAUUGCAUCAAAAAGCAGAGUGCAAAGGAUGGUCUUGUAGGCAGAGAUGCAGCUUCCUCCAAUGCUCAUCUUAGGCUUGGUCAACCACCUCAGACGGGAAAUCCACUUCCAUCAUUUAUAGAACCACUGCUGUUUAAUGCUGUUGCCAGUCCUCCAAAAUUGCAACCUUUGAAGCAGAUAAUUAAUAAUGCAGACCUCAGCAGGGUGGAGGAAUUACAGAAUAAUUUUAGCUAUGUUGCUGAUUCGUUCAAAAUGGUUGAAGAAAUGCCUCAGCUUAAACUCAGGAACUCUAUGUCUGCUGUUAGUAAUGCUCCAGGUGCUGUUAGAGCUAGAUCAGAAACUAAUAGUGUGGCCAAGGGUUUAUCAUUUUCAUCAUUCUCACAAUUUGAUAAUCAACCCAGGGGAAAGACAAAAGCUAGUGAAAAUUUGGGUAAUGAUGACAACCCUAUCAUGCCCAAGAAACUGUAUUCUGAUUUUAGUAGCAAACAGUUUGGUUUUACUAAUGUUCCCUGGAAUUGUAAUGGUCACGCAGGAAGGCAAUCGAAUAAUUGUGGUUUAGGGACCAAUAGAUAUUUACACAAUGAUAAAUGGGCAAGCUUUCCGAAAGACUCUUGUGCCAAAAUGAAUUCUGGAUUUGGAAUUGGUCAGUUAAUGGACUAUCCAAGCUCCAUCACAAGAGCUGUAGGUGGCAGUGAUAACUGUAUUUCAGUUGUUAAUACAAAGAUAAUUGAAUCAAGCUUGCCAUCAUAUUUAUCUACUGGUGCAAAUAUUUUGCAUCAUUCAAACAAUGUAUCUGCUUUUGGUCGAGAAAAACAUGUGACUCCACAGACAUCCAUUCCAUUUGAAGGGAUUUUGAAAGGCCUUCCCGAGCAUGUUUCAAGUUCUGUGUCAAAUCAGACUCCUACUUUGCCACAGCAGCAGGGCAUUAAUAUGGAUGCUCAUUUGCUUGAUGAAAACACGAGGUUGCUUACAUUGGCACAGGUACUAGAGUUAUCUAAGCAACAACAUGCAUUGUAUUUUAAUAAUAUGAAUCAAAAGCAAGGGAGACCAAGCAGUAUUUCAAAUGUUCAGCAUUAUAUGUAUGAGACUUCAACAUCUGAACAGGACACUUCUGGCGCAACAUUGAAAUUGACCCAAAAUAGAGGGAUUUGUGGGAAUCUUGAGAGUAGUGUUGGUUUAGAGAAACUGGCUUCCCUCACAGGUAUGAACAUGUAUUGUGAUUUGUCUGGCCUGGCACCAAUACCUUUACAUUCUAAAGAAAAGGAAUCGCAAUGUAAACAUUCCUAUGAUCUUCAAAAUAAAGAGCCUUCUUUAAGCCUUGGAAUAAACAAAGAUAAUAACAGAUCAAGUGCAUGUGAAAAAUGCUCCGAGCAUCCAUCCAAUGUAUGUUUGGGAGGCAAGCACCCUGGUGCAGCUCGGGUAAACUGUUGCAGAAGCAAUUUUUUCUCCAGAAUUGAACCCGUUUGUUAUAACUUAAAGCAACAACUUGCAAAUGCCAGUGGUGAAACUUCGUUGAAGAUGGCUUCAGAUUUAAGUAGAGAUCCGUUGAAGGACAAAAAUAUCCACUUCCACCUUGAGCAAGGUGGGAAGUUAGAUGGCCGAGACUCAAUCAAAAUUGGCUUUCAUACACCUCAAUGGAGAGAUGUGCCGGGUAAGAUCAGAAAAGCAGUUUGUGAUGCAACAUCUUUAGAUCAGACAGCUACUGGUUUGGAUUGGGAAGGACAAGAUGGUGUUCAACUUGAAAAUAUUUCUAUGAAACGCUUCAAAAGAACUAUUGAUAUUGGAGAUAUGUCAAAAAAGAAAGAAAGUUCUAAUGUUUCUUCUGGAUGCUCUGUUCCUGUGGUUACUCGGGCAUCUGUGGAGGUUAACAAAGUUGAUUCCUGUACUGAUGAUGCUGUAGGCACUGGCUUUUUCAACAACCUUGUAGUUGAUGAAGGGUCAGGAAUUGUUCAAGACUUGUCGUCAGAUUUGGUUGAAAGUGAAAGAAGUGAUCAGUUUGUUGUCUCAACUUGUGGGAGUUACUUGAAAAAUGAAUAUCCAAGAGUCUUAAACGAUCAACCAUGUUGCAAUCUCCUUGAUGAUCUUAAACUGUUAGAUUCCUUGAUAUGGAGGAAAGGACGGAAUCAAAAUCAUUAUCUGUUUUCUGCUAAAUGUAAAAGUAAUCAAUCCCAAAAUGUCAAGAAGGGCUUCAAAGGAAAAAAGAGGAAGAGAAUUGAGGUGAGGAUUCCAAAUGCUUCAUUAUCUUCUGGAUCCCCUUCCUUAUUGCAUAAAAGGAACGGUGAAGGUGCUGGGAUUUCUAAUUCCUCUUCUAGUUUGUCAAAAGAAAUGCAAACGCAUUCUUUGUGUAGCCCACAAAAAUCAUCUGACAAGUCUUCUUUUGUUCAACCUUGUAACAAACAAAGGCAUUAUGCAUUUUCAUCCAAAUUUUUUUCUCGCAAGAAUCAUCUGAACCAGCAUCACAGUUACAAAGUUGGCUCUGAGUCAGAAUCAAAUUCUAAUGCUGAGUUUCACACGUUGCCUGGAGUUUCUGGAACAAAGAAAUUAAAAAAGGAUCCUACUUCUGAUUGUUUUGAGCAGUUUCAAAUGCAAGAAACAGUCUAUGAGGAACCUGAAAAUGUGAGGCUAUUCUCUUGCAGGAAGAGAAAUGCUCAUAGAAUCACAAGGCCUGUAGUAUGUGGAAAAUAUGGUGAAAUAUCUAAUGGGCAAUUGGCUGGAGGAUUGCAAAAACCAGCAAAAAUUGUCUCUCUCAGCAAGGUUCUUAAAUAUUCCAAAAGAUGUAUGGGCCAUGCAAAUGGAAAACCUAAACUGACCUCAAAGAAGAAAUGGAAGAGAUUGAGCAUGGGAACUAGUAGUGGGAACCCUGGUUUAGAAAUUAAGGAAGGCAUUAAAACCCGAAAUACAAUAAUUUGUAAUGAAACAAAUGUUGAUGUGUCUAUGGAAGAUUUGGAGAGGGGUGGCAAGCCACCUGUUGUUUACGUAGGGAAGAAAGAUGACAAGGCUAAGCAGGUUGAUAGUGUUGGAAAUAGUGCUAAUGUUCCAUUGAGGGUGAAGAGCAAGGAAGUUCGGAAACAGCGUAGCAUUAAUGAACUCAUUGCUAAAGAAACCAAAGUGAUGGAUAUGAUGAAUUGUGUUCAAGACAGGGAGCCUGAUUUGUGUAGCACAAGUAGAAACUCUAUUCAAGGUCACACAAGCAUAUUCACCAUAAAUUCAGAUGCUUUCUGUUGUGUGUGUCGAAGCUCAAGCAAUGAUAAAUUCAACUGUUUGUUGGAGUGUAGUCAAUGUCUACUUAGAGUGCAUCAGGCUUGUUAUGGUGUUUCCACAUUGCCCAAAAAAACUCGUUGGUGUUGCAGGCCAUGUCGAACAAACUCAAAAAAUAUUGCUUGUGUCCUAUGUGGUUAUGGAGGUGGAGCCAUGACUCGAGCAAUAAUGAGUCACACAAUUGUAAAAAGCCUCCUGAAAGUGUGGAAUGGUGGGGAAGAUGGUAUGCCUAAGCAUACAACUUCGGAUGAUGUUUUCAAAAAGGAAAUAUCUGCAUUUCCAUCCUCAAAAGCUAGAUUAGAAGUUGAUCAAGAAAGUGUUUUGAAGCUCAAAAUUGUUGAUACAUCAGCAACUGAUCUGGGGAAAGUUCAAAUAUCAACAAAUUGCAUACAACACACUCUGACCUCUAUUUCUAAUUUCAAGGUACAUAACAGCAUUACAGCAGGAGUUCUUGAUCCAACUGUUAAACAAUGGAUUCAUAUGGUUUGUGGGCUUUGGACUCCUGGAACAAGAUGCCCUAAUGUUGACACCAUGAGUGCUUUCGAUGUAUCUGGUGUUUCACGACCAAGAGCAGAUGUGGUUUGUUCCAUUUGCAAUCGACCAGGCGGUUCUUGUAUAAAGUGCAGGAUUGUUGAUUGCUCUGUGAAGUUUCAUCCUUGGUGUGCUCACCAGGAGAACCUAUUGCAAAGUGAGACUGAAGGCAUUGAUGACGACAAGAUUGGAUUUUAUGGAAGAUGCAUGCUUCAUACAAUUGAACCUAGAAGUCUGUCUAUAUAUGAUUAUAUUGAUGAAAUGGGCAGUCAAGAAGAAAAGGAAUUCACCUGUGCCAGGGCAGAGGGUUACAAGGGCCGUAGAUGGGAUGGUUUUCACAAUAAUCACUUGCAAGGUGGAUGCCUUGUUCCUGAGGAGCAGCUAAAUGCUUGGGUUCACAUUAAUGGGCAGAAAUUAUGUUCUCAGGGACUGCCAAAAUUCCCAGAUUUAGAUAUUGAGCAUGAUUGUCGAAAGGAAUAUGCUCGGUACAAACAAGCAAAGGGAUGGAAACACCUUGUUGUAUAUAAGUCCCGAAUUCACGCUCUUGGUCUUUACACUUCACGAUUCAUUUCCCGGGGUGAAAUGGUUGUUGAGUAUAUUGGUGAAAUUGUGGGGCUGCGUGUGUCUGAUAAAAGAGAAAAAGAAUAUCAAUCUGGAAAGAAACUUCAGUACAAGAGUGCCUGCUACUUCUUCAGGAUAGACAAAGAGCAUAUUAUUGAUGCCACGAGGAAAGGGGGGAUUGCUCGAUUUGUUAACCACUCCUGCCUGCCAAAUUGCGUGGCAAAAGUGAUUACUAUAAGGCAUGAGAAGAAGGUUGUCUUCUUUGCAGAGAGGGACAUAUUUCCUGGUGAAGAGAUUACGUAUGAUUACCACUUUAACCACGAAGACGAAGGAAAAAUUCCUUGUUACUGCAAUUCGAAAAAUUGCAGGCGCUAUAUGAAUUGACUGGUAAUUGUAAAUGAUAUGCGUUUUAUCUGUGGGCCACUUGGGAGUAUUCAUGAAAGUUGGAAUUUGGAGAUGUAUAUAUUUAGAAUGCAUUCACAACGCGAUCUCCAUGGAGGUGCUAAAAUUUUGCUCUAUAGCUUUUUAAAA